CUAUCAUAAAUCAAGACCAUAACAAAAUAAAAAAUUUAACUAAAUCGUAUCAUUAUAAAUGACAAAUCGAAAAUAUUGUAAGUACAAGUUUUUAAAAUGAAUAAACAGUUCAUUCACCAAUAAACAGAUAAAUGAUCGAUAGUUAGAUAAUAGGUAUUACUAUCUGAACUAUAAAAACUUUUAUAAACUUAAGUAGGUAUAUAUGUUAGCACUAGAUUAUGUACCAAGAUACAUAAUAUUAUCGUGAGAUAAAACAUGUACAUAUUUAAAAAAUUAAAGACACACUUAUAAACAAUUAUACGCAUAGAACGUAAAAUGGGUAUUAAUUGAUUUUGAAUCAAUUUUCGACAUUAAAUCUACAUAAAAAAUGCGAAGAACUCGCAUAUAUAAAUGACACAUGUAAUUUUUAACAUGACAAGCUAUCUAAGUGGAUUCAGUCGAAUAAAAAUAGCUUAAUCGUUUAAGAAAUAAUAAUAUUAUCCAAAAGAAACAUUCUCCGCAUCAUUAUUCUUACGUACAUUUCUUUAUUUCAAAUCGUGUAGAAAGAAUAGAGAAUGUUAGACGACAAAAAAAAAACGUUUUGUAAAUCGUACAACUAGGCCAUCACUGCUUAAGAACUCUUGAUAUUGUAUUUGACUUAUAAAUAUUAUAUAGGUUAAGGAUAACAUAUCUAUUAACUUAAAAAACUUAAACUUAAAAUUUUGUUCCAUACCUACUACCAAUUUAUACAAAUUUAAGUAUGUAUUAUUGUGUACUUAAAACUUAUAUAAUAUUUUUAAUAUACAAAAACUAACCAUUUUAUGAUUUGGUAAGUAAUAAUUAAACAAAUGAAAAGUAAAAUAUGAAUGUAAUACAUUAAUAUUUAUUUAAAAUAUCAAUAUAUUAUAUGUAUUACCCAUUUAUGUAUUUAAAAUUAUUAUUAGUUACUUAAAUAAUGCAUUGCCUACUGAACUAAAAUUAAACUAAUUGACCCGUGUGGAAAUUCAAAUUCAAACAUCAAUUUAUAACUUUAUUUUUAAAAUGAAUAACAUAUUAUACAGUUUCUUAAAUAAAAAUUCCUCAGAAGGGAAAAUUAAUCUUUAAAAUUAUACAGAAUUUAUUGAUUUUGAUUAAGUACAAAGAGAAAAAGGGAUCGUACAAAAACUCAUUUUAAAAUUUAAAAAAAAAAUCUGAUAUGUAAGAUAAUAGCUUCAAUUUCUCUUCUGUAAGUUUAAAAUUCUGGAACAAUUGAAUAAUAUAUCAUUUUAGUCCAGUCGGUAUAAUGAAAAAUAGGGGAUGGGGGUAACUGGAAAGUACUCCGAAGUUAAUACAAUUUUAACAGGUUAUUUGGGGUUACUCUAGGAUGUAUACCAUAAGUUUUCGACAUCGAGGACCCUAUGCUAAAUUGGGGGGUGCAAAAUCUCAAAAUAUUCGGACUUUUUCAAUUUUUUGCUUAUAUCUCGUAAAAUAAGCAUAUUUUGUAUAUCAUAGUACAGUGCAAAGUUGUAGAGCAUUAAAUUUACUAAAAUUUAGUUGGUAAAACGAAUUUUUAAAUCUGAUAUUACUGGAGAUACAGCCGAUUGAAUUUACACAAAGUUUCUCAAAAUUAAAAAAAAUAGACGAAAAACGAAGAUUUUAGCCCUAUAACUAUAUAUUAUCAUAAUUUUCAUGUUUAAUAAUAUGUUAAUCACUCAUCAAUAUCAUCUUGGAACAUAUUUAACCACCCUAAAUAAUUAACAAAAAGACGUUCUAGGAUAACGGGGAUGAGUGCAGCCACUGUUAUAGUAAUUUAAUAUAUACCUCUAAGCAACGAUAAACCAUUGCUUACGAAAAAAACGAUUCUGAGCGGAGUUCAGUUAGUAAUGAUGCUUUGUCAACAAUAUAAAUGUCAUAUUAUAGUAAAGUAAUUAAAUAGGCUUUAUAUAUUUUCUUUAAUAAUAUUUGUUUAAUGUUGUACCGUUUUUCCCGGUUUUUCUCAUUUACUGUAAAACUCUUAGAAAAAUUGAAAAAUGGCAUCCUUAAAGUACCUUCCCAGUAGGAUGGGUGUUCACCCCAUUUUUUGGUUAAAUUUUACAUAUAUUAAAAUUCUGAUUUUUGGAAUUUUUAAGUGUAGUUAAAGCCAAUAUUUUCGAAUACAGUGGAUUCUGCUUAAUGUCGUUUUCAAACUAACCUAACCUAAUCCUUCACACCUGACACAUUCUGUGCGUACGCCUAUAAUUAACGGUAGUCGGUAAUAAAUAAUAACUAAUACAUUGUGUUACUUAUAUAUUAACAAUUAUUUAAAACUAAAACUCAUUUAAAAAUCAAAAUCAGUCUAUGCAAAUUUAUAAUACUCGUAAUAAAACUAUAAACCUACCUAUUAUAUUGUGCCUUUAUAGAAAAAUAAAACUAUUUUAUACUUAAAUAACUUUUUUAAAAAUGUUCUUUACCGUAUAACUACUAACUUUUCUGCAAGAAACCUAUUAAUAUACAUAUAAUCGAUUUUAAUAAAAGUUUAAUUAUGUAAAGAAAAAAAAACCAUUUGACUAGGUAAUAAGAAAUCAAUUGUCUUCAAAAUUAUUUAAUUUGUUGUACGAAUAAUUUGGUGCCGAUACAAUAGUAAAAUAAAGAUUAAUGAUUAUAUAAAAUAAUGAUAAUUUUCUGAGUUGAUUAAUUCUAUGCGUGAAAUAAGUAAACUUGAAAAUUCAAAGUUAACUAAAUAUAAUGUGAAUAUGCUUAAUACUUGAUUUUUUAUUAUAAAAAAAUUGUUUUGAUAAUUUUCUUAAAAUUGGUUAACCACAUAGAUAACUGUAGACGAUUUUUUUUUUUAUUUGGUUAGACAUUAAUUUAAAUACAUAAUAUAGUAAAUGAAAAAUAAAUUUUCCUCAAUUUGAAAAGUAGAUUUUCAUAAUGUGCUAAAGCAUACUUAGUAGCUAUAUACCACCUGGGACUGUAAAUCCAUAAAAAUUAAAAUAUUACGUAAUAUAUUAUAUCCUCAAUUUUAGAAUUUCGUGUGUAGUGUAUCUAGACAUAUACUCCUUAUACUUAACUUUUAUUAUAAGAUAAUAUGAAAAUUCACUAAACCCUGUAUACAAUUCAUGCUUAUAUUUCUAUGUCCACUAUCCGCAUUACAACACUAGCUCGCACCUAUAGUAUAUAAUAAUAUUAUUACUUAAAAUAUAAACAAAUGAAACAAAAUUUCUAAUGGUGUUGAAUAAUUUAAAUAGAUUGUUAUAAUUAGUUAAUAGUUGUAUACAUAAAAUAAUUAUUAUUAUUAUCACAAGCAUUGUUGCGUUUUCGACAGUAGUAAUCAAAUGUACUUAAAUUUGAACUAUUCCUUUCAAGGACACAAAGGGCCGACCUCAAAUGUUCAAGUUCGUUACUCUCCAGCUCUCGAAGUAAACAAAAGUAAGUGGAGGGAGUAGUCAGUGAGUGGGCGUGAAAACGGGGGCUAGUACUGGUCGGAUGCACAGCCUUCAGUUAAGUACGACAGCUCAGCUCGGUCCGUCCUCAGCGCUUGGAUAAUCUAAAAAUAGUCACAACGUUUGUUGGUUUCAACCUUUAGUGCGAUUUUAAAUAUCUAGUGAUACUGAGAAAAUAAUUCUUUAACCGUUGUUUUAUUUAGUGCAAACAUGUCUUUAUCCAAGACGACCAAGACGUAUAGCUACCGUUCGGUAGGAGGCGGAAACGCUGACAUAAACAUCGACUAUAGCCAUGACUUAAGCGCUCUAUCUCGACUUGAAGUAAGUAAAAUUUAAAUCACUUAUUAACUUAACUGUAAUCGAGUUAUCAAAAAUCCAAAUUUACAAUUUUCCCAUAAGAAAACCACUCACAAUAAUUUUUAGGUACUAUACAAAUAGAAUACAUCACAUUUUCCAGGUAUUUAAAUCAUCUUCAGCUGCCAGAAGAAGAACGAAUUUUAUUCAUAAUGAUCAAUUAAGACUAUCUACAUAAUAUUUUGUUCAAAAAUUUGUGAAAAAAAAUGGAAUAGGGAGUUAUAACUUUUUAUAGAGGUAGGUGGAGAUAGGUUUCUUCUUCUUGACAGCCUGAAGGAAGCACGGUUUGAUGCCACCUAUCCUCCUUAGCCCUCACAAUAUAAACAAUUAAAUAAAUUGACUGUUUUGAAUUGAUUAACCAAAUCCUACGUUUGUUUUUCCCUUUAGGAUAAGAUCAGACUUCUGCAAGAAGACUUAGAAUCGGAACGCGAACUCCGACAACGUGUAAGUACAUAAUGUUUCAUUAAUGUAUAUUGUGUUAGAAAUCAUAUGAUUAAAUUAUGAAAAUCAUGACUUGAUUUAUAUCAAAAAAAAUUGUAUAAUGAAAUAAUAAAUCAAGUCGCAGGUAAAAUUGUGAAAUUUCAUAUUCAAUAGCUAAAUACCUAAUUGAAUUAUUAUUUAGGAAAAAUAUAUCUGACUGAAAAAAUACUUCGAUAAACUACCUAUUUAAAUUUUAAAUUCUUAACUGACAAUUUAUUUUUAAAUACCUAUAUUUAUUUCUGCAUUCAACUAUAAAGAAUUAUACACAACUUCAUAAUUUUAAAAUUUUGUACCUAAAUUAUGUAUUAGUUUAUUUAAAAUGUUACUGUUUAUGUACAAACUCCAGUGUUUUAAAUUGCAUGACUUUUAAAUAGCUCCCUUUACUUAAAAUAACUAUAAUAUAUAUUCUUUCGUUUUUGCUAGUUACCAAUCGUAAUCGGAUCCAAAGUAUGCGUAAUGCUAAAAGUAAAAUACACGCAUUCCUUUAAAUAAGUCAACACUAUGUUAUAAAUAACUACAGGACAACUUAAUUACCAUAGUCAACGGUGGCAGGGUGAGGAAGUACUUUUCUUUAUGGUUGCCAGAAUUAUGAGACAGUUCAAAUCUAUUUUCCCACUGUUUGCCAUGGCAAAUGACCAAAAUAUAAAAAUGCUGGGAAAUAUUAACAGAUCGUCGGAUUCUGGCAACAGUAAUUGCAUAAAUUCAAGUCACCGGUGUUAUGCAUAAAUAUUGCUUUAUCCGAAAUGCUAAAAAACCAUCUAAUUAUAAAACAAUAAAGAUUUUUAGGAUUAUAUAUUUAUCAAAAAUAAUAACAUUUCUAAAAUUUAAAAAAAAAAUAAAGUGCCUGCCUAUUACUAUUAAAUUUUGAGAAAAUAUUUACGUAUGUUACUAUUCAAAACCGAUAUUAUUUCGUACAUUUAAACAUAGAUAAAAAUAUCAUGAUAUUUAAUCAAUACUUGAAAAUGUUGAUUUAAACUAAUUAGAAUUAUAUAAUUAAAUAAUGAAUGUACUCAAAAGUGCUGAGAAUAAUUGUUAUUGAGGACAAUUUCCUAUAGUAAGAGAUGACUAUAGAACUUGAGUAUAGUAUUUAGUAUAGUAUUUAUUUUUUAAAUUACUGUAAUGCUGAAUAAAAUUGAAUCGGUGGCGUAAACACAAAAAAAGAGGGAAUAUAAAAUAUUAUUGUUUUUAUUAUUUAUAUGAAUAAGUAAUAAUACGUUUAGUAUUGAUAAAACACAAAAUAAGUUUUAGUUUUAAUUUUUUUUACUCGUCCAACUUUGCUAAUAUAAUGCAAAGGUCCCCCGUUAAAAAUAAGUAUUUUAUAAACCACUGUAUUGAAUUAUUACAAUAACUUUGAAUAGUGGAUUAAGUGAGUAUAUAACGUAUUAUAUAUAUAUAUCCCUCGUAUUUCAAAAAAUAAUAUAUUUUUUUUUUUUUGAAGUUUUACCUUAACAUUAUUUUGGAACCACUUAUUUAUUGUUAUGAAAAUAGAUGAUUAUUUAUUGUUAUAAAAAUAACAAUAAAUAAUCAUCUGAUAGUAGCCAAUUAUUUUUAAAUGAGAUAAAAUAAACCCAGACAAUUAAAACUACCGUAUAGAUUAUUAAAAAGAACAAUAACGACCGAUAUAGAUACCUUAUUUGAAAAACCAAGCGAUAAAAAUAAACUAACCAUCAAAUUUUAAUGACUUCUAAAAAAAUUGUUAUUAUAAAAAAUAAAAAGUAAACAAAUAAAUUUAAAAUAUGUAUAUUAUAAAAUUAAAAAAACCUACUCCGAAAUUUCAGGUGGGAUUUAUUAGAAAUAAGAUUCUCAACCACAAAGAUAAAUUUAAAAUUUGUAUAGAAUUGUAAUAGGUACUAGGAUCCUGGGAUUAUCUGACAUCUUACUGUCAAAAACGAUAUUUAAAUAAAUUGUUAAUUUUUAAGAAAUCAAAUUUUUUAGUUUUAUUAAUAACUAUCAUUAUUCGAAUUAUACAUUCAUAAUGUUAAUUCAACUAAUGUAUUUUUCGUAUAAACAUAUUAAUAAUACAUACAUAAUUAGUAAUAGCCUUUUAGAUAUUUAUUUAGAAAAACAAUUGUAUUAUGUAAACUUUUAGAAAAUAAAAUGUCAAUAAAAUCUAUUCUAAAAUAAUAAUUUAUAAAAUCAUCAAUUUUAAAUGAUUUAUAAAAAAAAAAAUUAACCACCUUGUAUUAAUUUUUUUUUUCAUUUCAUAAUAAAAAAUUUCACAAAAUUAUUAUUAAAAAUGUCCGAAUAUUUUAAAAGAUAGUGAUUUAAAAUUAUUUACCUUAUAUUACAAAUGGUUAUGCCUAAAAAUUAUUUUUAAAUAUAUUUUUACGAUUAUUUGUAUUUUUACUUGUUUACUGUUAAUAAUACUAUAUGUAAUUUUAAAACCUCUCAUAAAACAAAUUGUUUUUUAUGUACUGAAUGUAUUCAAUAUUUAUUAACACAUUUUAUUUUUCAUAAGUUUCAUUUACGAAUACUAACAAUUUUUUUGGUUUUUGCCAACUUAAGACUAUUAAAGAUAUGUUAACUCCAUAAAAAUUAAAUAACUGUUUCUAAUGCUGCUAUAUGAUAAGAAUAAUAUUAAUAUUAUUUUAUUUUAUUACUGGUUUUCGACAUUUUCAAAAACACUAUUUCUUUUUUUUAUUCAUUGUAAGUUAAAUUUCUUUGGCACAGAGCUUUGGAAAGGUACUCUAAAAAUAAGUAUAAAAAAAGUGAUGCUAUGUCGAACAGCUCGAAUGAAGUGUGAACGGCCACUAAGCUAACCAUUCAGUUAUAUUUUUACGAACGGAAUUUAGCCUGGUUUCAUUGACAUGUGUCAAUCGACACGUUUGAUUCACCUAACCUAACUUAAAUGUUUAUUUUUGAAUUUUGGCGAGUGCCUGGUAUAUAUAUUAUAAAUGAAACCCAAAUAUCCUAUCUAAAUAAAUAUGAACCGUUUAUAACUUACUGAAAUUGAUUAAAAUAUGUACUAUUGAAAUUCCUAAUUAUUAUUUUGUUAUUACUAUUUAGAUUGAACGGGAAAAAUCUGACUUGAGCGUGCAAUUAAUAUCUCUCUCUGAACGCUUAGAAGAAGCCGAAGGAGGUGCUGACAGUCAAGUAAUUUGUUAUUAUUUAAUAAAAAUGUAAUGUAUUGUGCAAUUUUCCAAAAAAAAAAAAAUUAUUUUUAUAGUUUGAAAUUAAUAAGAAACGUGAUACAGAAUUAACGAAACUCCGAAAACUAUUAGAAGAUGUCCACAUCGAGUCUGAAGAGACAGCGCAUCUUUUACGUAAAAAGCACCAAGAAGUUGUGGCUGAUUUCCAAGAACAACUUGACCAACUUGCCAAAGCAAAAGCUAGGUAUAGACAAAUAUACAAUAAAAACAAAAUACUAUAACUAUAACUAUACAUAAAUAAAAUUCUGUUUCCAGGACCGAAAAAGAGAAGGCUAAAUUCCAACAAGAAGUUUACGAACUACUUGCACAAAUUGAAAAUGUUAACAAGGAAAAAGUAAUAGCUCAUACAUUAAUUUAAUGCAGAUCAAUAAUUUUUAUUUUUUUUUCUAUUUCAGUACACUUCCAUUAAAACAAUUGAAAAAUUAGAGAUCACUAUUCAUGAGCUUAAUAUUCGCAUUGAAGAAAUUACAAGAUCUGUUACUGAAAUCACCUCGAUUAAAUCCCGUUUAUCACAGGUGUAAAACAUUAUAAGAAAAUAUAAAAAAAAUUAAUAAUACAAUAAAUAUUACUAUUUUAGGAAAAUAUUGAAUUAGUCAAAGAAGUUCAAGAUUUAAAAGUAUCAAUUGAAAACUCGACGUAUCUCAAGUCUCAAAUUGCUGGACAGUUAGAAGAUGCUCGUAGGAGACUGGAAGAAGAUGAAAGAGUGUGUAUAAAUAGUUAAUAUUGAAAUCAUUUAUUUUUACUAUAAUUAUUGUGUUUAUACUUGAUAUUAUAGAGACGCUCACUUUUGGAAGCUAACUUACAUUCAGUGGAAAUUGAAUUAGAAUCAGUGAGAGUUCAAUUGGAAGAAGAAUCUGAAGCUCGUUUAGACCUCGAGAGACAGUUGAUCAAGGCUAAUGGCGAAUCUCAAGCAUGGAAAUCGAAAUAUGAUUCUGAAGCAACUGCUAGAGCAGAAGAAAUUGAAGAAUUACGGUGAUUAGCUUUUAAAAUACUUUAAAUUAAGAAAUAUCCAUUUAUAUUUAAAUUAUUUUUUAUAGUCGUAAAUACUCCGCACGUAUCCAAGAACAGGAAGAACAUAUAGAAACACUUUUGGUUAAAGUUAAUAACUUAGAAAAACAAAAGUCUAGACUUCAAAGUGAAGUUGAAGUUUUGAUCAUUGAUUUGGAAAAGGUUAAUAUUCAUUGUUAAAUAUUCAAAUAUAUUUCCGUGUUAAACUUAUUGUUUUAAAGGCUAACAACACUGCUAGAGAUUUACAAAAACGUGUUGAACAUUUGGAAAGAAUUAACAUUGACAUAAAAACCCGUCUUGACGAAACCACUACAUUAUACGAACAAGGUCAGAGAGACUUAAGGAACAAGCAAACCGAGAUUCAAAGAUUAACCCACGAAUUAGAUAAAACCAGAGAACAAAAGGAUCAAUUAACUCGUGAAAACAAAAAAUUAGCUGGUAAAUAUAAUAUAACAUUGUUAUGAUUAAUGACAAAAUUAAUUUUUUAAUUUUAUAAAUUUGUUCAACGCAGAUGAUUUACACGACGCUAAAAACACAAUUUCUGAAUACAACAGGAGAUUGCAUGAAUUAGAAUUGGAACUCAGACGGUUGGAGAAUGAACGUGAUGAACUUAGCGCUGCUUACAAAGAAGCUGAAGCUGUAAAUAUCGAAUUUCAGUUCUAAACAAAAAAUUUUUGUAUUUAUAAUUUCAAUAUUGAUAUUGUAGGGAAGAAAAGCCGAGGAAGGUAGAGCUUUCCGAUUGUCUGCCGAACUUACUCAAUUCAGACACGAAGCCGAAAAACGUCUGGCUGAAAAAGAUGAAGAAAUUGAAUCUAUCCGGUAAGGUUUUUUAAUAUAUAUACAUAUAUUCAGAUUUAACUAAAUAGUAGUAUUCAACUUUUAACUUUUAUCUGCUGCAAAUAAGAGAAUAAUUAAAACAAUAAUAAUAAUAAUAAUAAAAUAUUUGACAGGAUACUAUAGCCAAAUGAGAUACCUAUAAAGUAUACGAUAUGAGUAUAUAUUAGUAUAUAUUAUUAUUCAAUAAAAUAUAAAUACAAUAUUGAAUAAAAAUGCAUUCAAAGUACACAACGAUAAAAUGUAUCUAAACUAUAUUGUGCAUUAAUCCUAAAAUAUAAUUUGGCUUCCAUAUAAUAAAAAUACAGUUUUGUAAUCAUUAGUUUUUCAAUUCAGAAAUACAAAUACAUAAAUAUAUUCUAGAUAAAUAAGUAUUUAAAAAAACAUUAUAUGUUUUUAAAUUUACCUACAUAGCAUAUGCAUUACACUCAGGCUUGGAUUGAACCAGUAAGCUACCAAGAAAAUCUUGAUGGGCCAUGAAAAAUUAUACUUGUUUUUAAUUAAAUUUAUUCAUUAAUUUUAUCUAUUUUGUAAAAUUUUUUGCCGGGGAAAAUCCUAAAACUUGGUUAACCGAUACAUUCCCUAUCCGGCACUAAUUAUACUUAUUGUUAAAAAAAAGUGCUGUAACUUAACUCAAUAAAAUAACAAGAUAUAUAGAUAUAAAUAAAAUACAUACUUUAGAUUAUAACAUCAAAAAUUUAAUAUAAUUUGUUUAAAAAUUAAUUAAAAUGUAUAAAAGUAUAAAUAUAAUGAAAAUAAAGAAAUUUUAAUAAUAUUCAAAAAAUACAAUUUUAGUAUUUUUAGAUGUUUUUCAUAAUUUCAAAAUAAAUGAUAUUACGAUAUUUUUUAAUCUGUCGAAUUUAAUUUUAUAGUGCGUAUAGCUAUUUUCCUGAUAGAAAUAAUAAUACAAAAAAUACCGAACAAAAGGGAAAAAUUGCCUAAAAUUUGAUAAUAAAUUUAAUUACAAUUAGACCCUGUUAUACUUUUUGUAGUGAUUCAUAGUAUAAAUAGCAAAUGAAGUACGAGGUGUGGCUAUUAAAUAACGAGACUGGUUACGAAAAAGUGUUUUAUUAUAAAAGUUAUUCUACAUUCAAAUGCUCCCCUUCAAUAUACUCCCCUCCCCUCACCACACACCGUUUCAUUCGUUUCUUCCAUUGCUCGAGGCAGUGCUGGAAGUCUGUUUUCGUAAGACCAUUCAGGAGUUCCGCCGAUUUUUGUUUCACCUCUUCCAUCGACUCAAACCGGAUUCCUUUUAUGGCAGACUUUAUCUUCGGAAACAAGUUAAAGUCGCAGGGUGCCAAGUCGGGUGAGUAAGACGCAUGUUCGAGUACUGGAGUGCCUUAAGCGGCCAAAUAACGUUUCACGCUUUAUCCUGGUGCAAGAUCCACGACUUGUUUUUCCACAAUAUCGACCGUUUCUUACGAACUCAUUCGCGCAAUGUUGCCAAAACUGUCAAAUAGUAAUGUUGGUUCACAGUUUGACCCUCCGGAACCCAUUCAGUCAUCACGAUGCCGUUGAUAUCGAAGAAAACGGUUUUGAAUUUGGAUUACGACUGAAUUAGAUUCCGGUGCACUCUCGACGUUCAGAAAAUAAUUUAUGCCACUCAAAAACACGCGCCAGAGAUAGGAAAGGAGAUUCUCACUAUAGGCCUCUUUUAACAACUUAUAGCACUCAGUUGGAGUUUUUUUUAGUUCAACGAGAAAAUUUUACGUUUAUCCGUUGCUCAUGUUUUUCGUCACACAUGGUUUUCGGCACGAGAAAAAAACACGUUCGUUUCAAACCACUACUGCACAAAUACUAUAAUAGUGACGAAAACGUGUUUUGGUACGUGCAUAGAUAAGAUAUCUAGAUACCCAACGAAUUACUCGUUUUUUUCACUACCCAUCUAGGGCGCCCUCUAGGCGAGCAGUCUCGUUAUUUAAUAGUCACACCUCAUAGUAUACACAAUGCAGUAACACAUGACAUAUAUUAUGAAUUAUAUUUUUAAUCGUAUCUAAAGUCUGUCUAAUAGUUAUUUUGUUUUAACCAACAGUAGGUAUAGCGUUCAGUAUCUUUACAAGAAUAUUACAUUAUGUAAAAUUUGUUUUUAUUUAUUAUUAUUAUUAUUUGUUAAGAGCCAUUGCCCAAAAUUAUAACAGUUCUAAUUUAUAUAGAAAUGACCGUUUCAACAAAUAAACAAAAUAUAUAUGUUCUCAUACUAUAGAAUAUAAAUUUAGUAAACAAAAAAAUGUAUUCGGCAAAAAUAGUUCUAAAAAGAAUCGAAUAAAUACCGGAGAACGUAUAAGUAUUUCACAAAACCUAACCUUACCUAACUUUUGAAAGUCUAAGUAGGUAUUUUACAAUAUUCAUAUAAAAACAUAACAUAUACUAAAUGUAUUGCCGUUACUAAAUUGUAGAUAACAUUAUAAAAUCAAUUUUUUUAACCUAUAACGUCAUUUUAAAUUUUAUUAAAAAAUAUUGGUAUAAAUCCUGUUUAGCACCACCUCGUUUCAAUUUUUUAAUUUUUUUUAAGGCAUAUUUUUUGACGCUAAGUAGGUACGAUGAUAUAAUUGUAUUUACAUUUAAAGUUAUAGCACUUCAAAUUUGAAUAUUACGACACAAUACGAUCAUAGAAAACAAUAUAUUUGCCACAAACUUUUUUCACUUUUUUUUUUUUGAAACUUAGACAAAUUUAUUAAGUUAACUAAAAACAACUAUAAAAUUAUAAUUUGGCGAUCGUAUUAUUUUUUGAGUUAUCAGUGUUUUAAAUUGUAUGAUAUUGAACUUAACACACACAAGCGCGCUCGGGAUCAUACACACACUCGCACACGGAUAAGCACAUGAUGGAUAAAUGAACAAUAGUCUAUAGGUGCAAUUAGACCACCAUCUUUAGGGGUACUAAAAUUAUAGACACAUCACAGACCCGUGGGAACAAAACACGAUUAAAAUAUUUAGUCGAUACUAUAAAAAAAAUGUAUUGGGUAUUUUUGAAGGUGCUUAUGACUCCCUAAAACCCCUCUAUUUACACCUUUACAGAACACCCCCAACGAUCUUUGUUUUUCCUUUGUUACUUACCCAAUGUGGUUUUGCAUAAUAAAUCGAGUGUUAUUUUUGUUUACAAUCUCGAGCAAGCGCAAUGAACGAAUGACCUCGUCGACUCUUUAGGUAUAGGUACCUAACCAAAAUUAUACUUCAAAUAGUUAUAACUUCUUUAAUAACGGUUUCCGCAAAAAAUUCAACAGUUUCAAAAUCAGCGUGGAAAAACACGUCUUUACAAAGAAAAAUGUUUUGAAAAUCGCGAGGUGCUCGACAAGAUUUUUCCCGAAAUAUUAUAUUAUGCUAUUUUGUCAGAUUUUUAUAAAUAAUGGCAUUAUUAUAUUUUAUUUUAUUUAAUUAUUAAACAAUAUAAAAUAAUAAAUAAUAGCGUUAUUUAUGAAACAGACAUAAGUCGAAAUUUAGCAAUUCAACUAUCAAAAAAAAAAAAAAAAAAAAAUUGAUUCAAGUAUAAUUUGUUUGUAUGUACUACCGAUUUAUUAUUGAUAUUAAGUAAAUAAAAAAUGAGUUAUAUUUGAUAUCAACUGUUUUUUAAUAGGUAAAAAACAAAUAAUGAUUUUUUUUUUUUUUAAAAUAAGGUAAUUUUAGGACAAAAUUUCUUCAAAAAACAAUUUUAUUGCGUUUAUAAUUAUUUUGAAUAUGUAGGCAUUGGUAUAAGUACAUAGGUACUACUUUUAUGACAUAAAUUCAAAUUUCAAAUUUUAAACAUAACAUUUGUCUCUUUAUUCACCCCACUAAUAUGAUUAUAAGUUAUAUGUUUAUAACUAUUUAUAAUUAUAAGUAUUGACCUACUUUUGACUCAACAAAAUAUAUUUUGGCUAAAAUCCAAAGAACCAAAUUACUUUUAAAAUAAAAAUAUGACUCAUCAUAUUCAUUAAUUCAUCAUAUUAUUAUAAUUUUUACUAAACCAAUAUCUUUAACAAACAUAAUUAUAAAACUAAUAAUUUUGUACUUCGCAUAUAAAAUUUAAAAUUCACAAACUAAAAAUAAAAUUGUUUUUAAUGAAGCCACGACUAGCUAUAUAUUGCAGAAAAACUAUAACUAAAAACCUGAAACUAAUAUUAUUAGUAGAUAAUUAAACAAAAGUACACAAAUUGAACAGAAUAUUUUCAUGGAAUUACUUUUUAGUUUCCAGAUGGAUAGGUUGUGUUAGGUUAGUUAAUCGUUGGUUCUAUUGCGUACCUGUACAUUUUAAAUCUUCACUAAUUUAGAAUCCUUCUUGCUUUAGUUAAAUUUCAAAUAAAAUUAUUUUGCACUUAUUGAAAUUUAAAGCACAAAAAAUAACUUUGGUCUAACUACUUAUUUUAAUAUAAUAAAAAAUGCGUGUUGUAAUAAUUUGCUAUUCAAGCAUAAACGUAAUGAUUCAUAAAUAACGGAGACUAAAAUAUUCUGUAUUUUCAAUAAUUCUGUAUUAAAAGUUCGGUAUUACAUGACUUGGUUGUUAAUUAUUAUUUAUUUAUAGAAAAUAAAUUAUAAUUAAUAAAAUAAUACCAUUUUAAAUCGUAUUAUUAUCCUUUUUUUUUUAUUUUUUUUUACAUAAAGUUUUAAAUUCAAAUAACUAAGAAAAAAAUGGGCACCGUGAAUUUUUGGCUCGAUACUAUUUUGUUACCUUUCAGUAACAUUGACCUAUUUUUCAAUAAAUUGUGAAAUAAUUGAUAAAAUAAUCAUUUAUUAUAUUUUAUCCAAUUUUUUCCAUAAUUUUAAUACCUACCUACAAAUAUAAUUUUAAUAUAUUAUGAUUAUUAUGGUUAUCCAAAUCCAUGCAUUCAAUUUACAUAGAUAUGAUACACACUUUUUUUCAAUACAUAUAUAAUCAAAUAGGUACAUAAUAUUUUUUGUUUAGAAGAAAAAUUAAAAACAAUUUUUAAAACGCUAUUUUCAUAAUUUAUAAAACAUAUUAUAUAGUGUCAUUUAUUGAAUAUAUUGUUAUAUAAUAUAUUUUUCAUCCUAGGGAAACCAUUACGGAAAUAUCGACAUCUUAGUUAGUUGCCUACAUACUCAAUGAUGAGUAACAAUGGCGGAUUUUCAAAAAUUUUCUGGGAGGGGUUAUGAAAAAUCAUUAGUAUUUCAAUGAUCAAUUAUAAAUGCCUCUAUUUUAAACGACAUUUUAUUGACAUAAUGUUGAUAUCUGGAAGGGAAGGUAGUCUGAACCCCCCUCGACCUCUCUCCACGUAAAUUAUCCACCAUUGAACAAAUACGAUUAUGAGUGAUUCAUUGGAUUUACUAUACAUUAUAAGUAGAUUAAAAUAAUGCAUUCAGAGAGCCAUAUGGUUUUUAAUAUUUAGAAACAAGAGCUAAGUAUUGAUUAAUUCUUAACUAUAUUCGUAUUUAUCAAACAAUCAAUAAAAUAAAAUUUACAUUAAAAUAAUAUAUAGCUAAUACAAUUUGUUGAAAAAAAAAUAACUAAUUUCCCGUAAACGCUAUUCAAUAAUUAUCUAUUGGAAUUGUAUUGUGAAAGAAAGUUUAAAUACCAAUGACGUCCGAAUAACUGAAUGAUGUGAAAUGGAAAAAAUAGAAAGCUAAAUAGAGUUUUUUUUUAUACAAAUUGACAUUGGCGCAGGCCGAAGACCUUCGAUCAGUUUUAUAAAUACACCCGAUCGACAUAAUGGCUUAGCAUUUAUGAAAACAAUUCAGUGAAUAUAUUGACGAGCAGUAGUGAACACAACCAAAUCCCGAAACUAGAUUGUGUAUUCGUGUUCAAAAUUUAUUUUUAAAAUGUCGAAGAGCUUCCGGGGUAAAUCUGCUAAGAGCAUCGAAGCUUCGUUGCUUAGUAUUGCUAAUAAGAAUAUUGCUGAAGAUUUAAUAUCAACAAGGGUAUCAACAAAAGAAAACUACAAAGGUGAAAUGAAAAUUAAGAAAAAAACUAUAUUUGACUUAACGCAUACGUAUAAUUCUUUGGAUGAAACAAAAUUGCUACAACCUUUGCAUGAAAUAUCUAAUGAACUCCGGAAGUUCUCAUCUAAAAGUUCUCAUUAUUUCGAAGAUGGAAGGUAUAAUCACGGAAAUUAAAAUUUAAAAUAUGUUUUUUUUUUAAUUAUUAUUAUUAUUUCUUUAUUUACCUAAUUAUAAAUUAAUAUAUUUUAAUUUUUCAGCAAACAAACAAGUAUUGAAAUUGAACAAUUGAAUGCUCGUGUAGUUGAAGCAGAGACUAAGUUGAAAACCGAAGUAACAAGAAUCAAGAAGAAGCUCCAAAUUCAAAUUACUGAAUUAGAAAUGUCAUUGGAUGUUGCCAAUAAAAACAAUAUCGAGCUACAAAAAACCAUUAAAAAGCAAUCUCUACACUUAACGGUAAAUUUAUUUUGCAUUCAAACAUGCAAGAGAUACUAAUUCUAUGAUAGCAUAUAACACGGAGUUUAAAAUAAUACGGAUAAUUUUACUAAUGAAGCCCCUUCCAAAAAAUAUACCAGUAUUCAAACAUUUUUAAACAAAAAUUAAUCAGACUUAUUGGAUACGUGCAAAUUUUUGUUUUUAUUUUAAUUAAAACUAUUUUUGUAACUAAGUAAUUUAUUAUUUUAAAUUACCUAUAGGAAUUGCAAGCUCAUUAUGACGAAGGUCAACGUCAAUUGGCUGUUACAUUAGAUCAAUUAGCCAUUACUCAGCGCAAACUGCAAUCUCUUACUGGAGAAUUCGAAGAACUCCGAGGAAAUUACGACUCUGUAAGUUAUCCAUUCGUUUAACAGUUUUAAAUGUGAUGAAUGUACCAACAGUUAAUUUCACUUGUUAUUUCUUUAGGCAUUACGUAACAAACGAGCUAUCGAACAACUAUACGAAGAAUCACAAAGCCGCGUUAAUGAAUUAACAACUAUCAAUGUUAACUUGUCGUCGUCUAGAUCAAAGAUUGAACAAGAAUUACACCAGUUGAUGUCAGAUUACGAAGAAGUAUCGAAGGAGUUGAGAGUAAGUAUUGUUCAUAACCAAUUAAGCUAUAUUUUAGAUUCUGAGCUUAUCGAGCUAUUGGUUUUACAAUGCUGUUUAUUUUUUUUUUCUUCUUUUUCUUUGUUCUAAUCUGUGGAUAAUACUAUCUUACGGUAUUUUUGCAAAAAAUUUGAGCCACUUUUGAGCCUUUAAGGAAUUUAAAUUUUUAAAAGUUUUUUUGCUAUAAUUUGAUUAUAAAUACACUUAGAGACUUGAAAGUUGGUUAUAAUUCUUAUAUUAGAAUUACCUAGACGUAGUAAAAUUUCCAAAAUCAUCGGACGACUUUUAAAAGCGAUUUGAAAUCUAAUUUUAACGAAUCAUUAAACACUUCAAAUCGUGUAAUACCGAACUACGCUCGGAAUCAUCAAGCAAUGAUUUAUCGUUACUUACAGAUAUAAAUUAAAUAAUCCUAUGUAUCCUACCUUCCCAACUGCUUACCUACAACAGUGGCCGCUCCCAUCCCUGGUAUCAGCUCUUUUUAUUAUAUUAUGCGUACGAUAUGUACCUAUAUAUUAAUUUAUAAUUUUCAAAUUUAUUUUAAAGAUAUCAGAUGAACGUUAUCAACGGGUACAAAUUGAAGUAAAACAUACAGUGGAAUUAUUGCAUGAAGAACAAGAGAGAGUGAUAAAGAUUGAAUCUAUUAAGAAGUCACUGGAAAUUGAAGUCAAGAAUCUUUCUGUUCGUUUAGAGGAAGUCGAAGCUAACGCUAUUGUUGGAGGCAAACGCAUCAUUGGCAAACUAGAAGCCAGAGUAAGUGAUUACAAUAAUUCACUAUAACCGCAAAAAGGUACCUAAUAAACAUAAUUUUACUUUAUAUAAUGUUCUUUUUCAAUAGAUCCGUGACUUGGAAUUAGAAAUUGACGAAGAAAAACGCCGUCACGCCGAGAGCAUAAAGAUAUUGCGCAAGAAGGAACGUUCGCUCAAGGAGUUGGUCAUACAGAGCGAAGAAGAUCACAACAAUGUGCAACUUUUACAAGAUGCUCUAGAGAAGGUCAAUCAGAAGGUUAAUAUUUACAAGAGGCAAUUACAAGAACAGGUAUGUGAAAUUAUUAGGUAUUGAAAAAUAAUUAUUAUUUAUUCACGUAUGAAAUAUUUUUCUAUUUAACAUUUACAGGAAGGCAUGAGCCACCAAAGUGUCACUCGAGUAAGACGGUUCCAAAGAGAAUUGGAAGCUGCUGAAGACAGGGCUGACACUGCUGAAAGUAAUCUAUCGCUGAUCCGUGCUAAGCACAGAAGCUUCGUGACCACGCAAACACACCCAGGCUCCUCACAAGUGUACGUAGUACAAGAAUCCAGGGCUACAACUACGACAUCAGAACAAUAUUAAUUCAUUUAAAUAACAAUUCUUUUCUGUUUUUAUUAAUGUAACAUGUUUUUUUUUUUUAAUAAUCAACCGAAAUAGGCUACCUACAUUUGUUCCAUAUGGUGCAAAUCGUUUUUAAGCUUUAACCGCUCUAAAAAAAAGAAAACAAUUUUGACCAUUUUGUGUUUAUAGUAUAUUCUCAACACAAUAAUACUAAAAACACUGUUAAAUGAACCAAACAAUUUAUAAUAUUAUUUGCCUUUAAAUUUAUCAUAAUAUCCUUCGAAUUCAUACGGCGGUAAAAUAUCAUUAUACGAUCAGAAGACCUACUUUUGGUUAUUCAUAAAUAAUUACAUUCAGUGUAACAAAACAUAAUUCUAAUAAUAUGUCUACAUCAAUAAAACGAAUUAAUAAAAUAAUUUCAAAAGCUUUA